AUGAGCACUUGGUUGUCGCAUAAGUUACCUACCGUCGAUCCGUCUCAGGUUCCGGACGUGAAAGCUAUCACUGAACAACUCACCCAAGAGUUUGAUAUUCCCACCGAUCAUCUCAAGAAAAUCGUGGCUCAGUUUCAAGAGGAAAUGCAAAAGGGUCUGGAUCGUGAAGGCGCUACAGUUGCCAUGAUUCCUAGCUUUGUUACUGGUCGUCCUACGGGAGAUGAAAAGGGCAAAUAUCUUGCAUUGGAUCUUGGAGGCACCAAUCUUCGUGUUUGUCAAUUUGAAUUGCUUGGUCAAGGCGAAUACAAGGUGCAUCAGCAAAAAUACGUGGUGUCUGAUGAGCUCAAGACGGGUGAAAUGCGCCAUCUGUGUGAUUUUAUCGCCGAUUGUGUCGACAACUUUGUCACUGAAAACGGGUCCAACAAUGUCGACAGCAACCUGCAACUGGGAUUCACAUUUUCUUUUCCCGUGUUGCAAACCGACAUUAACCGCGGUACCUUGAUGCAUUGGACCAAAGGAUUCAAGUGUACCGGUGCAGUUGAUAAGGAUGUUGUGGUGUUACUCCAAGACGCUUUCCUUCGAAAAAAUCUCAAUGUUCACAUUGCUGCCAUCGUCAAUGACACCGUCGGAACGUUAAUGGCCCAUGCAUACAAGUAUCCGGAAACGAGUAUGGGUGUGAUCCUCGGAACCGGAACCAAUGCUUGUUACUAUGAAAAAUUAACUGGUAUCAAAAAAUGGAAGGGUGGUGAUACGGUAUUUGAGGAGAUGGUGGUCAAUAUGGAAUGGGGUGCUUUCGACAAUGAAAGACGCGUGCUUCCGUUGACUAUCUACGACAACAAGUUGGACCGUGAAUCAAUCAACCCUGGCGAACAAAUGUUUGAAAAGAUGAUUUCCGGCAUGUAUUUGGGUGAAAUUGCGCGCAACACGAUUUUGAUGUUGGUGGAUCGAUUAUUACUGUUCAAGGGAGAUUCAUCGCAUGAUCUGAACACACAAUGGAGAUUUGAAACGGCUUACAUGUCCACGAUUGGUGAAGAUACAUCGGCUGAUCUCAAGGAUACAAAACAUGUUUUGGAAGAAAUUUUGCAAAUCCCCUCGACAACCAAGGAGGAUCGCCAGAUCGUCAAGCACAUCUGUUUCCUGGUUGGACAACGAGCGGCUCGUCUGGCAGCUUGCGGUAUUGCCAGCGUAUUGCAGCAUACGGGUGAAUCGGAGAAGAAAUCCGUGGUGGCCAUUGACGGCUCGGUGUAUGAAUUCUAUCCCGACUUUGAACAGAUGAUGACUACGGCCUUGAAAGAACUGUUUGGCGAUGAUAUUGUGAACCGCGUCAAAUUCGACCUGGCCAGAGAUGGCUCUGGUUUUGGUGCGGCCAUGGUGGCCAUGAUGUCGCACAAAGCGUCCCAAGUCAAGCAAUCGACAUCCGCCUGA